GGCUGGCUUCUUGGCGGAGCAGGUGGAGCAGGCCGCGCCAGGAAUCCGCAGGCCACACCUCCUGUGGGCCGGCGCCGCCCCCUGUGAGCCAAGACCCCAGCCUCCGCCGGUCCCCGGGCGGCCAUGCAGGACGGCCAAGCGGAAGAGCAGCCCAAGGCUGCCCCGGCCGAGAUUGCUGGGAACGCCAUUGCCGCGCAGGCCGGGAAGGCCAAGAAAACGCCCCUGGAAAUGAGUACGGUUCCCACUAGCAUAAUCAAGUUACACUCUCUCCAAAAAAAGGAAAAUGAUGAGGCUAAGCCUAAACAAGCCGUUUCCAAGACACGAGAACGGAAUGAAAGUUUGGAAGGGCCUUGCGGCUUGGGCUGUAUAGUUAUUCCCAGGUGUCAGCGUUUAAACAACAUCCAGUGCUUUCUGGUUUUCUUCUGCAUCCUGGUCAUCUCUCAAGGUGUUGCGUUUGGUCUUGUGGAUCUAAGCAUUGCCACUUUUCAGAAGCGGAAUCGUCUUAGCACCACUGAGAUUUUAUUGUUAUCUUCGACUUAUGAUAUUUCAUCUUGCCUGGUAGUACUGUUUAUAUCAUACUAUGGAGGGAGAGGAAACAUACCAAGAUGGAUUACAUUUUCCUCCUUUUUAGUAGGACUUAGCUCACUUUUUUUUGCUUUUCCAUACAUUACUGAUGGACAUUAUCAAUUACCUAAAGACCCUGAAGAUAUUUGCCAAGAAAUGAAGAUCAUCAACGUUUGCAAGAAAUCCUCACCAUCAUUCCAAGCAAAAUACAUAGCUUCCUUCAUUCUGGGUCAGACUGUGCUGGGAAUAGCAGGAAUGCCUCUUUUUAUCCUUGCCGAAAUCUUUGUUGACAACAGUGUUGCCAUACACUCCACUGGCAUUUAUCUAGGCUUAAUGGACGCUUCAGCAACACUUGGAUAUUCUUUGGGUUAUGUGAUAGGGGCACCCCUUAUUAAGGGGGAUGAAAACAGCAUCCUUCCAAUUACGGUUGAAGACGUUGAUGAUCAUCACAAGUGGCUGCGAACUUGGUGGAUUUAUUUUGGUUUUGUCUCACUUACUGCAUGGUUUACAUUAAUACCAUUGUCAUGCUUCCCACAGAGUGUACGAGGUACAGCAAAGAUAAAAGAGGAGAAACGUAAACAGAUUCGUUUGCUUGACGAAAAGUUUAAUGAUCAGAAACUCGGAACUAGUAUCAAGGAUUUUUUUGCUACUUUUUGGGCUCUGAUGAAGAAUAUACCAUUUCUAUGUCUAUCUCUCACCAGAGCUUCAGAAUCUUUAGUUCUUAUUGGAGCUUCUCAAUUUUUGCCUAUAUAUAUAGAAAAUCAGUUUAUAUUAACAUACGCUACAGCAACUAAAAUUGCAGGAUUUGUUUUACUUCCAGGAGGUGCACUUGGCCAGCUUCUGGGAGGUAUCAUUGUUUCCAAGUUACACAUGUCUUGUAAAGCCCUCAUGAGAUUUAUAGUCGUUACAUCUGUUAUAUCACUUGUAUUCUUUGGGUUUGUAAUUUUUAUACACUGUGAGACAAUACCAUUUGCUGGGAUCAAUGAAGAUUAUGACGGAACAGGACAGUUGGGAAACCUGUCAGCUCCUUGCAAUUCUCGUUGUAGAUGCUCAUCUUCAUUAUAUUCUGUGAUAUGUGGAAGAGAUCAUAUUGGAUAUUUUUCUCCUUGCUUUGCAGGCUGUACACAGUCUAAAACAAUAACAGGUCACAAGACAUACUACAAUUGUUCUUGCAUUCAAGAAGGAUUAACAACCGCAGAUGACCAAGGUGAUUUUAUUGAUGCCAGAGCUGGGACAUGUGAUGCAAAGUGCCAUAAAUUACCUUUGUUCAUUGCUUUUAUCUUUUCUACGAUUUUAUUUUCUGUGUUUUCUGGUAUACCAAUCACCCUGAGCAUCCUUCGGAUUGUAUCUGACAAUGAACGUCCUUUGGCCUUGGGUUUCACAUUUGUGGUUUUGAGAAUAUUUGGGACUAUACCAGGACCAAUAGCUUUCAAAAUGGGAGCAGAUAUUUCUUGUACCUUAAGGGGGACUGACAACUGUGGGGAAACAGGAGAUUGUUGGAUCUAUAACAAGACACAAAUGGCCUACCUAAUGGUAGGACUAUGUUGUUUUUGCAAAUUAGUCACUAUCUUCUUCACUACUAUUGCAUUGUGCCUAUAUAAAGAUUUAUCAAAGGAUAACAGUGACAUCCUGGAAAUGCCCAUGAAGAAUCUAAAUGCAAAAGGAAAGGAGCAAGCUAAUUUAUAACUGGAUCAUUAACGUGGAAGAAUUAUAUACUGUCAGUCCAUCAAUGGAAUAUUAUACUAAUAAAACUUGAAAUAAUUAUAAUAUAGUUACAUGUUUAAUAAAUGAAUGUGACCCA